CACAUUUCUUCCCAUUUGUUGUUGUACCGAAGAACAAAAACAAUCCGUACACACACUGAGGCUGGAUGUAAAAACGAAAAACUGCCACAUCCUCCAAGUAUUCAUUUGUGUCAGUCCCAACCUCAGGUUAAAGAUGGUUUCUCCAGUGACGGUGGUGAAGAGCGAGGGCCCCAAGCUGGUGCCCUUCUUCAAGGCCACCUGCGUGUACUUCGUGCUGUGGCUGCCCACCUCCAGCCCCUCCUGGUUCAGCGCCCUCAUCAAGUGUCUGCCCAUCUUCUGCCUCUGGGUCUUCCUCCUGGCCCACGGGUUCAGCUUCCUGCGGGCGAACUCCAACGCCCGUAAGAUCCUGGCCGGCCUCAUCUUCUCCUCCCUCGGCGACGCGUUCCUCAUCUGGCAGGAGCAGGGCUACUUCAGCCACGGCCUUCUGAUGUUCGCCAUCACCCACGUCCUCUACUCCGCGGCCUUCGGCAUGCGGCCGCUGAACCCGGCGGCGGGCCUUCUGACCGGCGGCGUGUCGGCCGUGUCCUACGCCCUGCUGUACCCCUACCUGUCCGGGCCCUUCACCUACCUGGUGGCCGUCUACGUCGCCCUCAUCGGCUUCAUGGGCUGGCGGGCCAUCGCGGGCGUGCGGCUCACCGACGACCUGUGGACGUGGACCCGUCUGUCGGCGUGCCUGGGCGCGGUGCUCUUCAUGGCGUCCGACCUCACCAUCGCCGUCAACAAGUUCUGCUUCCCCGUGCCGCACUCGCGCGCCAUCAUCAUGGCCACCUACUACGCCGCGCAGAUGCUGAUCGCCCUGUCCGCCGUGGAGUGCCAGGACGCCGCCAACGCCGCCGCAGCCGCACAGGUGGUCCGGGAGAAGAAGAGGAUGUGAAAGGUAUCGUGUAGUUACCGCGGCAACAAGACGGAGAUGGAUAAAGCCCAGCCCAACCCCCCCCCCCCCUCCCCGACUCAGCCACCUUUUCAGCCCAAGGUUAGCCGUCAGGCUCGGCACCCUGGCAAAAACCCACCCGAAUCCCUCGAAGCGUUUUGCCCCUUUGUUUUUUUACCAUGGCAACCGUGUCCCCCCCCCCCCCCCCCCCCCCCCCCCCCACCCUCAGCCUAGACAACGGUACUGUCCUCAUGGUCACAAACCUGGUUACCAUGGAGAUACGGUAGCCAUGGUCACCUGCUUUGUACCUGCAGUACACCAGACAUUUGUGUCUGUGUUGCAUCACAAACACAGUGUGUGUGUGUGUGUGUGUGUGUGUGUGUGUGUGUGUGUGUGUGUGUGUGUGUGUGUGUGUGUGUGUGUGUGUGUGUGUGUGUGUGUGUGUGUGUGUGUGUGCUGGUGUUUGUGUGUAUGUGUGUAUGAGCACAGAGCACCAGUUUCCCCCUAAUCACCCCCAUUGCGGUUCAGUUAUCUCUUAACGUUACACAGCCAAAUUGUGCAAUCUCACUUUUUGUGCUUUCCCUCCAUGCUCCCACAGUAUUCUCUGUGUCACGCUACACGUCACUCCCUACAUCACCUUAUUAACCAGGUCUCCACACUGGUUGUCUGGAAGUGUUGUCCCUCUUGAGAACUGAACAAGGCUGCUGCUCUAGAGGAACUCCAUCACCACAGCCUGUCUCUGCCAUCGAUGAGUCUCUCCGUUCCCCUUGACGACAACCGCAUUGACGCCAUGCUGUUCUCAAGGCCCUGUGUGUAAGGAGGAGGAGGUUGUUGAGGGGAAGGACGGGGAGGAGGAGGAAGAGGAGGAGGAGGGGGAGGAGGAGGGGGAGGAGGAGAAGGUGGGGGAGUAGGAGGAAGGAAGAGAAAAAGGAAAAACAGAAAACAGGAAGAAUAAGAAAGCAUCGCAGAAGCUGAAACCACAGCAUUCUUCCACACAGAGCUGUCGUAUGUUCAGACUGUCCCCCUUCUCUGUGAGAAAUCAUUUUCCAUUUAUGGACUUUGUGUGCCGAUAUCCCACAAUGCACAGCGGUGCAGUGUUGUAAAAGGCAGUUUAUUUAUUGCUAUUUGAUCAAUGCCGAAAGAGACUUCUGGUGAUAGGAAAUGGUGAAAGAUGUUCUCUAUUCUCAGCCCAAUCAGGAAGUGGAACGGCCGAAGUGUACAUGCUGAUUGGUCACUUGGUGCUGAGCCACCAAAAAAGGCCGUAAGUGUUGAGGGGUGGAAAUUGCAGAAAUCAUGUGUUCAUGUGCUCAUCGAUUGUGGUCGGGUCUUUAAAGCUACACCUACGCACACACACGCACAGAUACACACACCCACUCACACACGCACGCACACACACACACACACACACACACACACACACACACACACACACACACACACACACACACACACACACACACACACACACACACACGUACACACACACACACAUGCAUACAAUCUUACAAACCUGCAAAGCACCUUGACUUUUAAAAGGUUGCUUUGACAGAAACAUUAUUACACACACCCCCCCCCACACACACACACACACACACACACACACACAAAUGAAAACAAACUUGUUUUUAAUCCUACAAAGCACCUCGUCUUUUAAAAGGUUGCUUGGAUUGAGACUUUAUCACACACGCACACACACACACACUCACACUCACACUCACACACACACACACACACACACACACACACACACACACACACACACACACACACACACACACACACACACACACACACAUUUCUACAUACACUGUCCUGGGACACCAUGACCUUUAAGGGCUGCAACAUGGUGACCAGAGCAGUGUUGUGGAAGCCAGGCAGCAGUAACUGGUUUCAUGUUAACACAGACUUGUACUCUCCCCCACUCUUCUCCGGAGAGACGCCGUCUGCACUGGAGCUGUGAUGACCUUGUUUUCUGUCUGUUGCACGUGUUUGGGUUUCAGAGCAUUUCUUUGAGGAAGUGAAACAAGUGGGACAUCAUGAUCAGCAGUCCAUCCUAGCAACACGGUUGCUGUGAACGAUCGCUGAACCAACUCUGUACAAUCCUGUAUCUAUAACUCUGCCCUGCUGAACAAUCUCAUGGUACAUCUCAUGUACAGUACACAUUUUGGUAAAAAUAACAUUGUUUAUUUACUUAUUAAUACUCACCUAUACCAUACCUAUCAAAGGGACUUAUGCUAAUAUUCAGUGGCACAAUGUACUUAUGAAUACGUAUUACUUAUUAUUAUCGAUAGCACUGUUGAUAACUGAUGCUGUGGUGUCUUUAGCCCCGAGGGGAGGAAUACUUUAACAGUCUGAGUUGUGUUUGUAAUUCUAGGUCAUUGACCUGAGGUGCUGUCUGCAGUGCUCUCACACACAGCGUGUUCAAACAGGAACUUCAUUCUGCCGGUGAAGCAGAAACUGCGGCAUUUUGCAGUGUGGCGGGUCAUCCUCUUCGGUCCGUAAGAAAGUCUCGUUGCCAAAGGGUCUGUUUUAUCAAAGUGACUCCCUUUCGUGUCUUGUUUAUCAUCUGCUUGUACAUAUCAGCAGAAACUUCAGGCUCAGUCGGACCAGACUUAUGUUGCUGUGUUCUGUGUUCUGUGUUCUGCCUGCAGACAGACAGACACUGUCUGGCGUGAAGGCAAGGCAGCUUUGUCUGGGUGUAAUCAGCCGCUGCUGAGGAAUCUCCUCGGAACAGACGCUUACAUUUGUCAGGAGAAAGAGAAACAACAGUAUGUCGCUGUCGGUACAGCAAGGAUGUUGAUAGGACCAAGUGCCAAGCACUUAUAAUCAUUAGGUUAACCCAUUCCCCGUAUACGAUAGAUAGGACAAGAUGCUACCCAAUGCUAAGUAUUAUUUUUAAAGCCAAGGACGUACACCAUACAAUAAGUGCGUACAUUAAGUGCCAGGACGCACAACAUACAAUAAGUGCAUAUAUGUGUGCUAUGAUGUAUUUAGAGGGAGGACGAUCGAUUAACGGAACUGCAAUCGUACUCAUCCUUGGGGCGUGGGUUGUUUAUGUAAGCACCGCAUUCCUGGUCCCAAAUAUUACAUAAAAAACACUUUGCUCCUUCGCUGGUAUCCUGCUGCAGGAGGACAGGAGCCCUAUAAGGACUCUUUCCUGAAGCCCCCGUCCAGAUCUGUGAUGAUGUCACUGGACUUCCGGACAGCGUUCCAUCUUUGGUCCGACGUGGGGCCGUUUCGUCUCCGUCGGUUCUUCCGACGGUUCGGUCAAGAAUGAUCAAUUGAUUUAGACCAAUGAUGUGCAUUUAAAGCUAGCACUAGAUCGGCUCGAUCUAGUCUAGGAAUCCUCUCUGUAUGAAUUAUAUUUAGAUUUGAUAUUCUAUAUCGACACAAACAUUGCCCUGGGAGCCUCUCUCUCUCUCUCUCUCUCUCUCUCUCUCUCUCUCUCUCUCUCUCUCUCUCUCUCUCUCUCUCUCUCUCUCUCUCUCUCUCUCUCUCUCUCUCUCUCUCUCUCUCUCUCUCUCUCUCUCUCUCUCUCUCUCUCUCUCUCUCUCUCUCUCUCUCCUGGUCCGGUCAGCCCGGGUGUUUAGCAGUCAGCCAGAGCAAGCAGCCCAGGUUGUGGUGUGUGUGUGUGUUGGGGGGGGAGGGGGGAUGGAAAAAAGGGCCUGUGGUUUCAUUUAAUCCACGGCACAGUUUUGUCUUUUUUUCUGGUUUGGUUUUUCCUGAACCUUUCCAGACAUUCUGUUUAUAUCCCCUUGCUGUGUGCUUAUUAACUCGAGGUUGACCUCUGCUUGCUUGUUUCCAGGGGGCUAAAAUUAGGAUGGGCCGGACUUUCUUUAUUUUUUACUGCGUUUUAGAUUUGAAAAGCCAUUCCCCUGAUGUCAACCCACAUGCACAUUGACUUCACAGGGCGUGGCGGGUUCAGUCUCGCUCACCAGGUGUUCUAGGUCCUUACAGUCCGUUACCUGUUAACUACGGCACUUUUUCAGUAGACUUAAGCCAGUCAGUACAUGCUCUUUUUAAAAUUUUAAAACACACACUCUUGUAUGCAUUUAUAACGAACCACCUUUUUCAUUUUCAUAUAUAUCGUGAGGAGAGGAAAGCUGUCUGUAGGCAUGCUAUCGCAUUGUGCUGUGUGUCUUCACCGUUGAAGGCUGAGAGAAAUGCUGGGGAAUGUAUUGACAAGUGUUUUUAGCUUCACGUGGAUGGAAUCCUUUUAUUUUUGAAGUCUUGCAUAGAAUGUAUGCGGACAAUGCUAUCUCUAGAUCUUUAGAUUAGAGUCUCUUUCCUCAGGCGUGCUCCUGAAAUGCAUUGAUUUCCUGUCACGAUGGGUGCCCAGAAAUUCUUAAAAGCUCUUCUGAACAAAUGAAUAAAUGCUGGAUUUCGAUUGAAUCUUGUUAUCAUCUUGCCUUGUCCUUAACUUUUCAAUUUAGUGCUCUGGUUUUCACCCAUGAAUGUAGAGGUCAGACUCUUUCCCUUAGUGAACUUACUACGAAUGUGAAUCAAUGGAAAAUAAAUGCAAAUGCAAUGCAACUUCC